AUGUCUGCCGCUGCUUGUAUCUUCUGCAAAAUCAUCAAGGGUGAUAUCCCUUCGUUCAGGCUCUUUGAGAAUGAAAAGGUCUUUGCCUUCCUCGAUAUCCAGCCUCUGAGCCGUGGCCAUGCUCUCGUGAUCCCCAAGUUCCACGGUGCAAAGCUGACCGAUAUCCCCGACGAGGAUCUGCUUGAUAUCUUGCCUGUCGCAAAGAAGAUUGCCAAGGCCUCUGGUGCCUCAGACUUCAAUAUCCUGCAGAACAACGGGCGUAUUGCCCACCAGGUUGUGGACCAUGUGCACUUCCACAUGAUCCCCAAGCCCAAUGAGGAGGAGGGUAUGACCAUUGGAUGGCCCUCCCAAGAAUCGGACAUGGACAAGCUCAAGGCUCUUCACGAGGACAUCAAGUCCAAGAUUGAAGCCGAUCAAUAG